GAAACUGUAUCGUAUGACCAUCAAUAAAGCGAGAUACUCCCCCUUUUUCUGCAAAACUCCAAAAUGGCUACAAGAAGUGACCUUGAUGCCCUGGUGGUCCAGGUGGAAGGAUUGGAUCUAGAGGAGAACAAAGCUGGCUCAGGGGCUUAUGGCUGUGUCUUUAGAGUGACAGUGAAUGGAAGAGACUGCAUUGCUAAGAAGCUACACCACAUAUUGCUCCAAGAGCGAUCCCUUGGACAGAGGGAGAGCAUUGUAACAAAGUUCAGAAAUGAAUGUCAUAUUCUGAGUGUUUUACAUCACCCCAACAUUGUCGGUUUUGUAGGAGUCCAUUACGGCCGCGAUAAGAAAGACAUCAGUCUAAUAAUGAAGAGGCUUCAUUCUGACUUGGCUGAUUUCGUUGAAACCCAUCGAGACACGAAUAUCGCCACUAGAAUCCAUAUCCUGUAUGAUGUAUCCAAGGGCCUUCACUAUCUCCACUCUCUGACCCCUCUCCUCAUCCACCGUGACCUCACUGCCCCCAACAUCCUGCUCACUGAGAACCUCACUGCCAAGAUCGGAGACCUGGGUGUCUCCAGGUAUGUUGAUCUGGAGAGAUUGACUCAUGUUCUGACAAAUAUCCCGGGAAAUCCAAGCUACAUGCCUCCCGAGUAUCAUGUGGAGCCGCCCACCUACACUACCAAGCUGGACAUCUUCUCAUUCGGUCAUCUCAUUCACACAGUUAUCGGUGAUUUCCCUAAAGUCAAGAUUGUACCUCAUAGUAUUUGCAACUAUUUCAAGUCUAUUGGAGGAAAGGAGGAGCUCAUGCGUCGAAGCACUGCUGUCCAUGGUGACAAAAUUGGGGAUAAACACGCUCUUUAUCCUCUUGUUGUUAGCUGCCUCCAUGACCGACCUCAACAGAGACCAUCAGUUGACGAAGUGAUUGUCUCACUCAGAAAGCUGUGUCUACAGCACCCCAGGAUGGCAUUUCUAGAUGUUUGUAAGACGGGUAAUGUGGGUGUGGUUCUGGAGCUACUAGAGUGUGGGGCUGAUCCUAACCAGGCAGACAAGGAUUGUGCUCUUUGCUGGGCCAGUGACAAUGGACAUGAUGAGAUAGUGAGGGUCCUCUUAGCAGCCAAGGCUACUGUCAACACUCAGAUCAAGUCGGGAGCAACCCCUCUUUGGGUAGCCAGUUUCGAAGGUCACCAGAAAAGUAUGGAGCUUCUAAUCGAUGCUGGGGCCAAUGUUGAUGUACCCAGAGAGGAUGGAUCCACUGCGUUGAUUGUAGCUGCUCAGAAUGGUCAUGUGAGGGCAGUGGAAUUGUUGAUAGCUGCAAAGGCUAAAGUUAACAUUCAAGCGAAGGAUGGAUCCUCAGCAUUGUACAUGGCCAGUCAGAAUGGUCACUGUGGAGUUGUUAGAAUGUUGUUGGAGGCCAAGACUGAUGUUCACAACAAGAAUAAUGACAACCAGACAGUUCUGCAUGCAGCCAGUAUGAAUAGACAUGAUGAGAUAGUGAGGGUCCUCUUAGCAGCCAAGGCUACAGUCAACACUCAAAACAAGUCGGGAGAGACCCCUCUUUUUGUAGCCAGUUUCAAUGGUCACCAGAAAUGUAUAGAGCUCCUAAUCGAUGCUGGGGCCUAUGUUGAUGUGCCCUAUGAGGAUGGAGUCACUGCGUUGUAUGUAGCUGCUCAGAAUGGUCAUGUGAGGGCAGUGGAAUUGUUGAUUGCUGCAAAGGCUCAAGUGGACAUUCAACAAAAUGAGAAUGGAUCCACAGCAUUGCACAUGGCCAGUAAGAAGGGUCACUGUGGAGUUGUUAGAAUGUUGUUGGAGGCCAAGGCUGACGUCAACAAAAAGAGUAAUAAAAGAGCCACUGCGUUGAUUGUAGCUGCUUAUAAUGGUCAUGUGAGGGCAGUGGAAGUGUUGAUUGCUGCAAAGGCUCAAGUUGACAUUCAAAAGAAGAAUGGUUGGACGGCAUUGCACAUGGCCAGUAAGAAUGGUCACUAUGGAGUUGUUAGAAUGUUGUUGGAGGCCAAGGCUGACGUCAAAAUCAAAACUAAUGCUGGGAGUACUGCCUAUGAUCUGGCUAGUAGGAAUGGACACACUUAAGUGUGUGAACUACUACACUGACUCUGUACCUUAUUAACUGUACUGUUACCAUGGCAGCUAGCCUCUGAUAGAUACGUAGAUUGCUUUACACUACAUCAUUUUGUCUUAUAAUUUUUGUGUCUACUGUUUCUCAACCAUUGCCAUGCAUUUCACCAUACAGUUACAUUCUCUUUGA